CUUACGGACCUUUUAUAAUGUUUUUAAGCCUAUCUCCUCUGUGUUACUCCUUAGAAACGGACUGCACGAAGCUAAUUUUGAACCCCGUGUGUAUGGAAUGUGCCAAAGCAUUAGCCUCGUCUUUACGAGUCAGCUAGGCAGACACUAUUUACUGUUAGCCAUCAUAGCAGCCAAUCAGAUGGGCAGGACGCUUGGGCUCUAUUACGAUGUCGCUCACGACUUUUGUGUAUGCCAGAGACGGACCUCUUGCAUUAUGGCUCGAUUUCCUGGGCUCACAGAUGCCUUCAGUAACUGCUCCUUCAAACACAUACAGAUGGUAUUUACUAAGGGAGGCGUGUGCCUUUUCCAGGAAAACAGGGUCUACCUUAAUAGAAGCCUAACAGAGACACGCUGUGGAGACGGGGUGGUGGAGAAUUUGGAGCAAUGUGACUGUGGCUCUAUGAAGCAGUGUUACACCAACCCCUGUUGUGACACUGACUGUCGGUUAACCUCGGGAAGUGCAUGUGAUAAGGGGACCUGCUGCACAAACUGUAGCUACGCCCCUCCUGGGACUCUCUGCAGAUCCAUCCAAAAUAUAUGUGACCUUCCAGAGUACUGCCCCGGGGACUCCGUGUCAUGUCCUGACGAUUUCUACAUGCAAGAUGGAACCCCCUGCACGGAGGAGGGCUACUGCUUCAGAGGGAACUGCACCGACCGCACGAUGCAAUGCAUGGAAAUAUUUGGUGCAGGUGUUCAGAACGGUGAUGAAGCCUGCUAUGCUAUAAAUACCGGAAAUUUCCGAUUUGGACAUUGUAGGCAGAAGCCACAAACCAAUGACUUUAUUCCUUGUCUUCCACAAGAUAGGAGUUGUGGAAGGCUUCAGUGCAUGAAUGUCACCCAUCUUCCCCAGCUGCAGGAGCACGUUUCAUUCCACCAGUCUAUGACCGAAGGGUCCGUCUGUUUUGGGUUGGACAGACACCGCUCUACAGAAACAACCGAUGCUGGGGGCGUGAAAACUGGUUCCCCCUGUGCUCCUGGAAAGUACUGUGACGACACUUUCUGCAGAGGGUCUAUUACUGAACUCAACUACGACUGUGUUCCUGAGAAGUGCGGUUUCAGAGGAAUUUGCAACAACAGAAGGAACUGCCAUUGCCACGUGGGCUGGAGCCCUCCACAGUGCUUAAGUCCAGGUGCUGGUGGGAGUGCAGACAGCGGGCCCCCUCCUAGAACAGUGCGUUCAGUCAGACUAGGCGAGCAAUCAAUGACAUAUCUGAGGUUGAUCUUUGGACGUAUCUAUGUCCUCAUAGCUGUCCUACUCAUUGGGGUGGCCACAAAUGUUCGAUCUAUUCAGACUACCAAAGUUAAGAAAAAGGUACUUCCUACAUCUGAAAAAAAGUAGCCUCCCAUUCGCACUAAACAUACAGAGGAUACAAUGUGGACAUCUGUGAAAACCUCUGCAGGACACACAGUUGUUCCUCACAUCGCAGGGGAAAGGGCGGCUUUCAUUGGUAGGCUGCAGGUCACUCUGAAAUAAACCUGUAAA